CUGGCCAUGACAGCUGAUGCAUUUCGUAUCGCUUGACGUUUGGUUAGAACAUGUCAUUUUGGAGGAUCAUGUUGGAGGAUAGCAAUUUAGUAGAUGGUCUUGAGUGUCCUAUCGAGGAAGAUGAUCUUGGAGAAGAGGAAGAAUAUGAUGCUCUGAAUGAUGAAACUUUUGGUUCUGAAGCCAAUAUUGGUGAUUGGGAGGAAAAUCAUGAAAAACUUGCCGAAAUUACAGAAUCCAAUCGCUUUCACCAUCAAAAUACUUCAAGCAAAAAAAAUAUAUUCGAUGCAGAUAUCGAAGAUAUCGAAGAUAUCUUAUCCCAUUUGGUAUUAGAUGAGAAAGAAGGUAUCGUUCCACGCCCUGGAGUUUGGGAUAGUCCUUCUAACUUAUCCCUUCCUAAACCUCGACCGCCAUUAACAUUACCAACGACUAUAAGAAAUGUAUGCACUGUUGAACAAUUGGAAAAGGGAUUAAUUGGAAACAGGCCACCACUUGGACUGAAUAAACCUGUUCAGAUACAACAGCAGCAAUCGCAACAGCAACAGCAGCCACAGCAGCAGCAACAACAACAACCACCACACUACCAACAACAGCAGCAGCAACAGCAACAGCAACAAUUCAAUGGAUCACUUUUGUUUGGGUCUUUGCCUUCACCACCACGAUUCCCAUCAGGGUUGGGUAUACCACCCCCACAUCCUCUUGUUUUACCACCAAACAUGAGAUUUCCUCACCCUCAAUUUUUACAACACCCUAGAUUAUUAUACAAUCAAACUGGAAAUGUACUGAGAUACCCUAUAGCACCGCAUCUGAUGUUACCACACACCACUCAAAGACCUCCAAUUCAUGGCUCAUUUUGCAAUAAUUUUCCUCAAUCACCGCUUUCGAAUUUAUAUCCUCCUCCAUUUUUACGAGCAGAUCAUGGCAUAAUACCCCCUUUCUCUAGCAAUCACUCUGGUCAUCAACAGCAACAGCAACAUUCUUUUUCACAUUCUGGAAAUCAAAGAAGUCAAAAUAGAGAUUUUCAUCAUGGGGAACAACAAACGAAUCACCAACCAUUUUUUAAAAAUAGUCAGCAUUAUCGUAACCAUGAUCGAAAUAAUCAGCAACAUUAUUAUUAUCACUGUCAAGGAAUAAAUGGAAUAACCGGUUUAGGAGAAUAUGAUGAAUACGCCGGUCUCAUGAGUAAUCGGGAGAAACAUUGGUUAAUUAAUAUUCAAGUACUGCAACUUAACACAAAUGAUCCGUAUGUGGACGAUUAUUAUUACACAGUUUUCUGCGAUAGAAGAAACAAACAGCGUAUAAAUCAAGAACGAAAAGAUAAACAACAACGCAACAACAACAACAACAAUAAUAAUAAUAAUAGUAACAACAAUAAUAAUAAUAGUUGCCAUCGAGAUUCCAGAGAUCGAGAACAAUCACAUCAUGCAUUCCCGAGACCUGUAUAUGUACCGGCACAGUUUGAAAAUUCUUUGGGAAAAAUACAGUUUGCCAGUAUUAUUGCACCACGCAAGCUUAUCGAUAUGGAUGUUGUACCAAACAGCGAUCCUCAAUCAGCUAUACAAAUUCAGCAAAAGGAUACGAAACGAACAAGACAGUUGUUACUAGAAAUUGAAAGGUUAUAUAUAGUUCAAUUAAAACUUGAAGAUCUGCACAAUCCUUUGGCUUUGUUUAAUGAACAACAGAAAAGUCAAGAAAGCGAAAAUGAAGCGAACAACAUUCAGAAAAGUAGUAGCUCAGAUUUAAUAAAUAUGAUGUUAUCGGCUUUGCUUCAGUUAAUACAAGACGAUAAAUUAGCGAGUAUGCUAAGUAUCCGAAAAGGAAAGACGCUGUUAGUGAGAUUCUUGCCUUACUUGAAUGUAAUGGAGCAUCGUAAUCAGUUAAAAGAAUUAUGGAACGCGAUAUUCCGAGGAUUAACUAUAAUAGGUCGUAGAGAUUCUCAGUUAUUAAUAAGCCUGCAUUCGGAAUUUCAACGUUGGUUCAAUACCGUACAAGACUUUGGUACAAUGCUUCAACUAGCUCGAUCGCUGUCUGACUCUGCUAAUCAGCCAAUCAAGAACAACAGUUUAGCUUUUGCUCUUGCAAACAAGUUUGGUGUAUCUGUAAUUGCUUCGAUGUUUGAACAAGCAGAAAAAUUAUACCCCACGGAUGAUUCUUUAUCUUCAGAAUGGUCAUUUUUCAUAGCAAAUAUCAUCGAAAUAAUUGGUGAAACUCCGCCGUGUGUCGCACCUUGUCGACCGAUUGCUGCAAAUAUGCUCAAUCAGCAUUUAAACCGACUAUCUCAUUUAAAGUGCGGGAGGUACACAACUCUGGAACUUCUACUAACUGAUGCCAACCCUUCCCGAUAGUUAAACGUUAUUAGAAUAUUUUUUGGCAUUUUAUUAAA